CUGCAUGAACCACCCUUCGAUUACAUUUUAUUCAUAAUUCCCAUAUUCCGCCGCCAACUCCGGUCGCAAAAGCCAAAAAAAAAAUAAAAAUAAAAAAGCCACAUUUCCUCCCGCUUACCGUCGGCGUGGCACCAACGGGUUAUGUAAGCCACGCGCACAACGCUGGUUAACUUUGUUUAUUUUUUUUUUACCCUGUGUGCCAUCAUCCAUCCUUCGCAUCGCUUCAACUUGACUGACGGCGACACAACCUGCUCCUUUGGGCAAAAGCAGUGGAGGAAAGUGAUGACUCGAGUGGGCAGGUGGCUUGCCAUUGCCCCUCCUCCCUUCCUCCCCGAUGGUCAAUGCAUCGCGUCCAUUGCUUGGAUGCGUGAUUUUUUUUUCUUCUCUUGUGGCCUGCGAAACUCUAUCAGCGGGGAACAAGCAAGCCUUUAAGUUAUACUCCGUCCUCCGUAGGGACACUAUCGACAGUCGGCACGCCACAUACGGACGUUUUCUCUGGUUCCGUCAAAACCUAGCUAGUAAGCUCGUGUGAGUCGAUGGCGAUCUAGAACGAGUCUAUUUUUCCUGCAUUGCUGUGGUUUCUGGUUGUGCGCAAUGCGACGGCGGCUAGUGCUGUGCGGUGUCGUGCUAGUUCUUCAGUCUUCACACAGUGACUUAAGGUCUACUACGUAGUCUGACUGCUGCGCAAAGACGCACCGGAGGUCUGAGCUUAAUCCCCCCUUCUCCUACCCCUACCCUCCCCAUCCCCCU